AUGGGUUUCCUCGGCGUCUACACGGUGAUCUACGACUAUGAACCCCAAGGGGCAGGAGAAUUAGAGCUUCGCGAAGGCGAUCUGCUUUGUAUUCUAGAAAAAAGUGAGGAGGACAGCUGGUGGAAGGCCAAGAAGAAGGCCGAUCGCGACGAUGAGGAUGAGCCCGAAGGUCUCGUUCCGAACAACUACGUCGAGGAGGCUCAACCUACGCACAAAGCCAAGGCAGUCUACGACUAUACGCGCCAGACAGACGAAGAGGUCUCUUUCUCCGAAGAUGCAGACUUGAUUGUGUAUGACACCUCCGAUCCCGACUGGACGCUAGUGGGUGUCAAUGGGGAUUUUGGCUUCGCCCCCGCAAACUAUAUCGAGAUCGUGGACGACGACGCAGGCCACGCUGCUGCACCUUCGGCCCCAUCGCAUGUACCGGCUGAGUAUGAACCCGAACCGGAAUAUGAACAUGAACCCGAACCCGCGCCUCCCACGCUUCCGCAGCGACCGGUCGUGGCCGCGGAUGAAGUGAACGAGGCCCGCGCCCCUUCGCCAAUCGACACCGUGCAAAACCCUGCUGCUGCUGCCAUUGCCAAUAUUCUCCACCAGCAACACGCCUCCCCCGUCGAGUCCGAACCACCCCGCACUAUGCCUCCGCCACCUCAGCCGGCGCGUCCGACAUAUGAACCUGAGGAGGACUAUCGAAGGGAACCCUCGCCGCCGCCCCCCGCUCUUCCGCAGCGUCCCCCAUCAGAGUUCAUCUCGUCGCCCGUGCGCGUAGAGUCGCCCCGCGAGCCCAUCCAGCCCCGACAUGUAUCACUCCGAAGUAAUGAGAGCGAGGGCCACGUGAAGGAAUCUCCUCCCUACAACAGAGUGGGCCAUCCUACUCCACGUUCCCCGUCGGGCUACCACAUUUAUACUAUCAACGAGAUGGUCGAGGUCAUGGGCAAGCGAAAAAAGAUGCCCACGACUUUGGGUAUCAAUGUUGCAACGGGAACUAUCUUCAUCUCGCGAGAAGACGAUGGUGCCGUGCAGGAAUGGACGGCGGACAAGCUGACCCACUACUCUAUUGAGGGCAAGCACGUCUUCGUUGAUCUUAUUCGCCCCAGCAAGAGUAUUGAUUUCCAUGCGGGAGCGAAAGAUACAGCUCGUGAGAUUGUUUCCGCCCUUGGAGAGAUCUCGGGUGCAUACCGCGCCGAAGGACUCCGGGAGGUCAUUGCCGCCGGCACCAGCGGAGGUCAGAAGAAGGGCCAGAUCUUGUAUGACUUUAUGGCGCAGGGCGAUGAUGAGGUGACGGUGGCAGUGGGCGACGAUGUCAUUGUUCUCGAUGACAGCAAGUCGGAAGAGUGGUGGAUGGUACGCCGUCUCAAGAACGGCAAGGAGGGUGUGGUUCCGAGCAGUUACAUCGAGAUUACAGGUACCGUCACCGCCCCGCCGCCUGGGGGUGCGGAGCCAGGCUUGUCGACAGUGGAGAAGAAUCGCAUGGAGGAAGCACGUCUCACGAAGGAGGCGUCCCGGAAGUCGAAAACCGACUCGAUGGUGGAUCCGCGAAGUCCAGAGCGCCAGAAACGUGACAGCAAAUCGAGCCACAAGUCGAAACCCGAUCCUACGAAGGUUAGACAAUGGACCGACCGCACGAAGACUUUCACCGUUGAGGCCCAGUUCAUCGGAUUGAUGGACGGUAAAAUUCACUUGCACAAGCAGAAUGGAAUCAAAAUCGCCGUGCCCAUCAUGAAGAUGUCGGUGGAAGACCUGGAAUACGUCGAAAAGCUGACUGGAGCCUCUCUGGACGAAGACAAGCCAUUGUCUGACAUAAAGCGCCGUUCUCAACGCAUCGAGCCCGAAAAGCCUCGAAGCUCGUCUGAUGGCAAGCAGAAUGGUGCUUCUUUCCAGCAGUCCGACUACGACUGGUUCGACUUCUUCCUGAAAGCCGGUGUUGGCCCUCACCAAUGUGAACGGUAUUCACAGAACUUCAUUAAAGACUCCAUGGAUGAGGGGAUCCUUCCGGACAUCACCCCCGAAGUCUUGCGCACCCUCGGAUUGAAGGAGGGCGAUAUCCUGCGGGUAAUGCGCUACUUGGAUAACAUGUUUGGCCGAACGGGUGCCAAGUCUAAACUGCGUAACGUCAGCUUUGGAGGCGAGGAAGUCAUCGACGAGGAAGGGGCCGGUGGUCUGUUCUCUGGUCCUGGGGGGAUGCUGCGCAAUAACACUCGGAAGGGCAGACCUGCACCGAAUGCGCCAGCAAGCGAUGUAGUUGACCCCAAGGCCUUCGAGCAGAAGGAUGCUUCGAAGCUUGCAGAGCGCAGUGACACUCCGCCUGCCUCUGCAACCGCGCCGGAACCACCAGUGCAAAAGGGCUUCGACGACGAUGCCUGGGAAGUCAAGCAACCCAAACAGGCACCCACCACUGCUGCUCCCGCUGCGCCGGCGACUACGUCAAGCCCCCCUCCGGCCGCCUCUACACCAACUACGAGCCAACCUCCAGCCGCACAACCGCUCACCGGCGCAAUGGCAGAGCUCUCCCUGCUCCAGGCUCCCCUUCAACCCACCCCCGCGCCCGCGCCUCAGUCGCCGCCUGCAGCGCCACCGGCUAUUCAACCUCAACCCACCAUCCAACCCCAGCAUACGAUUCAGCCACAGCCUACCAUUCAACCUCAGCCCACUGCUGUGCCUAUACCCCAACUACAGCCGCAGGCGACGGGUGCUUCACCUGGUUUCUUCGCACAGCUCGGACAGCCACAGGCCACUCAAGCCUUCAGUCCUCAGGUAACCGGAUUCCAAUCGGCGGCGAGACAGCGCCCGCAAGCGCCACAAACUCCACUGGGUGGCAAUUCGUUGCUUCCUCCCCCGCCUCAACGACCUCUCUCAGCCCCUCAAAAUUUCCCUCAGCAGCCCAGCUCCUUUGGACCCCCUGCACUGCAGCCUCAGCUGACUGGGAUUCCUCAGUCGGGCCCGCAGAUUGCCCCGCCGGGUCAAAGCUUGGCUGAACUGAAUCAACAACGUUUCCAGCCAUCCCUGCAGCAGCCUCAACCGACCGGAUUCAUGCCGCAAGCUCAAUUCCAGAACGGGUUGAUGCCGCAGCCAACCGGGUUCCAGCCGCAAUCUCAAUUUGGAAUCCAGCAACAGCAGCAGCAGCAGACUGGCUAUCCUGGCUUGGCACCGCAACCGACCGGGUUUGGAGGUUUCCAGCCACAGCCGCAGCAACCAAUGCAGACAGGCAUCAAUUCGGUCCUGCCUCCGCCUUUGCAGCCUCAACCGACUGGCAUGAACGGAGUCAGCAGUAUGCCAUACAGUGGACCAGCUCCGCCAUUGCCACCUAUCCCUCACCAGCCGACUGCUACCCCACUGCAGCCCCAGAAGACUGGCCCCGCUCCUCCCAUCCGAUUCGGUGUGAAGCAUGACGCCCCCAAGAAGCUAGCCCCACAGCCGACAGGCCUCCGAGCCAACCUUGCGCAAGCUACACCUACCAAUCCGUUCGGGUUCUGA